AUGGUUAGCCAACACGCAAUGGCCACCACGGUUCGCAAAGUCAAGCAGGAGAAUCGUUUGAGGCGACAAAAUCAGAACCAAGAUGAGGAGGGACUUUACAAGCCUGUACCACCACCGAAACCGGUGCCGAACAAUCAGAAGAACCAGAACGGCCAGCAGGAGAGCAGGGUGCAGACGGUAGCCGAACAAUCGUCACGGACGACUUCCGGCAUAGAGAGGAACGCCAGUAACACGUUAGACGAUUGCCAGCUUCGAAGUUCCGGGCAUAACCUUGCACCGGAAUACAGGAUGCCACCGCUCUAUGGGGAUGAACAGAGCUCGAGUCAGACUCAACAGUCGGCUAACUUGCAGACUCACAGCAGCAAAUUUCCGAUAGAACGUGAGGUCGUUCUGUCGUCGGGAGACAAGAAUUCCAAGAUCCCUAUUCUUCAUGAGUACAAACAAAGAACUGCCGGAAGAGUCGCUAUUGCACCGGAUGCACCGAUCAAGCAGCAAGCUUGGGUUCAAGAGGGAACUCAGAUGCAAGAAGUAAGACAAGAGGGUCAAACAAGGAGUUAUCAACCGCCGGAAUCUUACGCGUCGACGUCAGCUGCAGCGGCGCCAAGGACGACGAAGAUCGAUGAAGAGAAGAGUAAGUCCAUCUCAAGGACUUAUCACACAAUUAAGGACAUGAUAUCCAGUCGUUUUGGACAGAGCCGUAAGGACGUUGAACCGGAACCAGAGGCGAGCUUGAACAACGUCACGGAGGAGUUAAGGAAAUCCAGCAGGAGCAUCGAUGAGGAAGAGGCUAAAAAGAAGGAAGGAAUUUAUGGAAAACCGCGGGCACAGGAGCCCACCGUUAAUAUGCAGCAGUAUCCGAAAAAUGCUUGUGGUCAGUACGGGCACUCGUAUAGCUACCUGAGUAAUCAGCAGAACGUAUCGCUUCCUGGGCAACUUCAGCCAACAUCACAGAUUCAACCCAAUUUACCAGGUCAAAGUGCUCAGCUUCAUGUGACGCAUCAUACUCCACCUGCAGGAGUUCAGACUGUCCAUCAAACACAAGUUCCUCCUUUCGGUCAAUCAGCGACAGGUGGCCAACAGGUGCAAAAUGUUGCAAGGGAAUACGUUGUCCAGGGCUCGUCCGGAUUGCCAAAUCAGCAACUGCAUCAGGGACUUCAUCAGAAUCCUCAGAACCAGGGUCAGAGCACGCAGCUGCAGAAGCCACACGGCCUAUCUAUGCAGCAGCAUCAAGUAGGCAACGCGAUGCAAACGGCGAAUCAGAACUUCCAAAGUCCGCAACAGUUGUUACAUCAAAACCAGAAUCAUCAUCAGAGUCCGAGGUUUGCUCAACAGCACGCGCAAAACAUGCAUCAACGCCAAUUGAUACAACAAAUGCAUCAGCAGCAAAUGGCCAGUCAGCAGAACACCCAAACAGCCGUGAGAAACGUACAACAGAGCUAUUUCUCGAACAAUGUGUCUUAUCAGCAAUAUCAACAAGCUAGACAGAGUAUGUCAAGGUCUCAAAUCGAUCUGCCCAGUACUUCGAGACAAACACAAGAGCUUAGGCUGUCGGGGCAGGAAGUGUACUAUCAUUACGCGCAAGGUAGACCGAGGUACGGAGUGCCUCAGGUGUAUAUGAAGACGGAAAGUAAUCAGGAAGUGGAGUUUCAGCGACGGAACUCCACGAAGGGUAUCGAGAAAGCUGCGUCCCAGCCGCAACUCUGUUACGAAGAUGAGAGAAUUAACGAACAGUCUAGAAAUCCGAUCGACGCAAUGAAGGCACUUACCGUAGACCCUUUGGACAAGGAAAGGUACGAGAUCACAGUGGAAGACCGUGGAACUGGGGAAUUUCGAAGAAGCGAUUCUCAGAGGAAAGAUGAGUAUCGACCUGAGACGAGCUUCGGUAUUCGUAGAGAUGACACUGUUAGAUGUUCGAAAAGGGAACAGGAGCAGAUAGGUGUGCCUGGCCAGGAUAGUCAAGAUUCAGAGGGAACCUCUGUGCAGAAGAGGAUCGAGGAGUUGCAGAAACGGGCAGAAGAGAAUCAUUAUAACGUGAAAGUGUCGAAGGACAGCGUGGAAGCAGAUGUAGUGAGAAGUUCGUGCGGCUCGAAGAUUGGAAACGGCGAGGGGUCGAAGAGACUGGAGAAUCAAUACGCAAAGGAUUCCAUAGUGAAAUCAGAGGCGAGGAAAGAUGAGCUGGAGCACGGCAUAGGCCGAUUGAAGAUUCAGAAUCAAGGAUCUGGAUCGGAUUACGACAAAGCAGGCCAGAGUUCCUCCAAUGUUGAUUCCGGAAGGGGAUCAGCUGUUUAUUCCAGUGGAAGGCGGCCCCCGCCAGAAGAUCAAACCCACCCUCCAGUGCAAGACUCCGAGUGGGUGGACAUAGUGGAAUCAGAGUUGAGGAGUAUUUUAGAGCCAAGAGAUGUCCCUGCGAUGGCGCAUUCUACUCUAUCUGAAAGUGUAUCAUCGGUAACGCCACCCCUGCCGCCGCUUUCACCCCAUGAAAGUCCCAGAACACCGAGAAAUCGAUACUCAGCGAGCUUACCAUACGGAUCGAAACCUAAUUACAGCGAUUACAGCAAGGCCAUGGAGAAGAGAGGGUUCUCGAGCAGUUCGAAGCAUCGCGGUGCCUCCGCUUCCAAGAAAGAAGCUGCAAAGAAGUUUUCUCAUCUUUUCGGCGUGGAAGCGGCUGACUUAACUUCCACUACGACUGGGCUCGAUUUAGACUCGAUGCUGGAUAGAAGCGACUCUGAUUUAAGCACGAACGACGCGAGAACGAUUAGGAAGCAGCUAGAGGGUUUAGAAAAUAUGUAUAGCGAGGUAUUGAAAUUGCUCGGCGGAAGUGUGAAGAAAAGACGAAAAGCCAGGGGCCUUGCCAGUUACGGUUCUGUGUCGUCGUUACCAACAUCAUCCGUCUCAUCCAGGCCUGUCACAAGGCAUCAUGAUAAACGUAGAUCUCACACGAUCGACGACAGGAUGAAGAAAGCCAAAGAUAUCAAGAGUAUUAACAAACGUUUCCAACGAUUAGAAUCUCACGUAGUUACACUUGCCAGAUCAGUGGCGCACUUAAGUUCAGAAAUGAGGACGCAACACUUAAUGAUACAGGAAAUGGAGAACAUAAGGGGCGAGAUUGCUGCACUCAGGACGCAAACGAGCAUGGCAAUGGUGAGGUCGCAAUCCCAACCACUGAUCAAGGACUCCGAAUUACCAGCCCUCUCGAAUCCUUCGAGGGUAAAGAAGCUCACGAAAUUCUUCGGCACAGAACCACCUCUCAUUCGACUAUUCCUCAGGGAACUUGGGUAUGAAAAAUACGCAAAUGCGUUCGAGAAGGAAAAGGUUGGAAUGGUGGAGCUUCCUUACCUGAGUGAAGAGAGGUUGCAAAAAAUGGGGGUUCCCCUAGGGCCAAGGUUAAGGAUUCUACAAGAAGCAAGGAUAUCGGUAUGCAAGGAUCCAAUUUAUGUCGUGUGA